AUGCGUCUUGACUACGGAUUGGCCAGCCGAGACGGAAGGAAUUGGGAGGGUGGGCACCAAUGGGUCUUCUCGACUCACAUCACAUUCAAUGGCCCCGUCACAACAAUUACUGACGGCCAGCUUAAGAAGUUGGCCGACGCGGCCUACGAGGAAAGUAAGUGGACAUUCAGCAAUACGAUCUCACCAUUGACAAGAAGCUUCAAAAGCCGAAAAUGCAGCCGGGAGUCGUGACAAUACUAGCAUUUGGGAACGAAAUCAUCUUGUCCAGUUCGCAAAAAGGACCAGCGGCGUUUAUCAACGAAGUCGCCGAGAGCCCCAUCAGGCAGCAAAUGGAACUCGGCCGGGCCGUCUUCAUCGACUUCAACAUCAAUUCUAACCCCGCACAGCAAGACCAUAGGAACGGCAGGAAGUGCGGCGAAGUCACGGCGUUCCACCAGUACUACCAGCUACACGCCCAACCGCUUCAGGAACGGACGCCGUUGGCCCGCGCAGGCACGGUGCACAGGAUCAAGAGCGAAGGAAACCAGCUUAAACUGAUUGACCCGUGCGGAACCAAGGAAGAGGCAAGUAUCCAGCUGGUCUGUCGCACAGCUUACGAGGUAAUGCUACUGUUGCUGACUGCUACUACACAGAACCGUUGGGGGUGCAACCUUAUGAUGUUGAACCCAGAUGGGCCCGGCAAAAUUGUCAAUUACCUUCCCGAAGGUCUUCAAGGCUAUUAG